AGCGCCAAAAACGUGGCAGUCUGCGUUAUGACGUCAGCAGUGCGACAACACACAGCAACCUAUGACCUGCGACCUGUCUUCUGUGAAGCCAAAACAAGCGAUGAGACCCUUUGACAAGAAAAUUGGGAAAAUGACAACAAAGGGGGCUCUCUGGUCCAGAGUCGAAGUGGAGUUUCUGUUGGAAAUUUGGGCCGACGACACCAUUCAAGACGAGCUCGACAAAACUCACAAAAACUCCAAGAUUUACUCCAAAAUCCGCGACGUGCUGAAUUCUCGCGGAUUCAACAGAACCACCGAACAGUGUCGCGACAAAAUAAAGAAGAUGCGCUGUCAGUAUCUGAAAAUCCGAGAUGCCCUGAGGAGGUCGGGGAGCUCGCUGGACGAGAAAGAUAAAAUCUUCUGGUUCGACGCGGUCGAUAAGAUUCUGGGUCAGAAACCCUGCAGUGAGGCGGUCAUGUUCGAGCCGCAGGAGUCCAGAACACACCCGGUUCUGGCCGCUGUCACUGCCAGCACGCUGAGCGCUACAUCCUCCGUCUCUGAUGCAUCGCUCCCCGUGGACCAGCCCAGUCAGGACACGUUUGAUGACUGCAUGGACGUAAAGCCCCCAACUCUGAGCAGGAAGAAGAAGCGAAAGACGAGGCUGGACGCGAGCGAUGUGAUGGGCGUGUUCAUAGAGAGACAGCAGCAGCAGCACGAGGAGUUCAUGCGCAUGGAGGAGCUGCGCCACGAGCAGGAAAUACAGAUGCUGAAAGACUGGAUGAAGGCAAGCAUGGAGGCAGAGGAACGGCGCCUGGAAAUGCAAAGGCAGACCAAUCACAUGUUUGAAAGAAUGAUGAACAGACUGUUGGACUCCAUGGUGCCCCCUCCCAGCCAAAGAAUGUCUCGGGCUCAGCAAACAUCCCCCAUGUAACCCCCCCCCCCAAUGACUUUAUGUCAGACUGUAGCAUCAAACUAACAUCUGAGUCACAUCAGUUUUAAAACCAAUACUUGAUCUUUUUUAAAUUGCCAAAUGUACACUUGUUUCUAAAGAUCCUUUAAAUAACUCAAAAGAUUAUCACAUAGGAAUCUGAUCUCCCGUUUAUGUGCAUCAAAACAGCUGAAUGAUGUUUUGAUUGAUGAUGCUAAAUAAACUAUUUUUUCUCAGUGCA